AGCACGUUGAAGGCGAGCUCUAGCUGACAUGGAGCUGAUGAGGAGCUGAGGGAUGGAGUUAGAAGCCAUUCAGUUGGAAGAAGCACAUGUUCAUCAUGUAUACAAGCAAACAGCACCUUACUUCAAUGAGAUCCGAAGCAAGGCCUGGCCAUAUGUCAGACAGUUCCUCUUGGACCAAGAACCAGGCAGUAUCAUUGCUGAUAUUGGAUGUGGGACUGGAAAAUAUCUCAGUGUGAACAGCCAGGCUUACAAGCUGGGCAGUGAUUAUUGUAACCCUUUGGUGGAGAUUGCCAAAAGCCAUGGACACGAAGUCAUGGUAUGUGACAACCUCAUUCUUCCCUACAGGGACCAGUGUUUUAAUGCGGUCAUUUCCAUUGGAGUGAUUCAUCAUUUUUCAACAAAGGCCAGGCGAAUUAGAGCAAUAAAAGAAAUGGCGAGAACUUUGCUCCGUGGAGGUCAAAUGAUGAUUUAUGUAUGGGCCAUGGAACAAAAAUAUCGUCGCUUUGAUAAACAAGACAUCUUUGUUCCUUGGAACCGAUCCCUGUGUUCUAGACCAUCAUCAGAGUCUAGUCAAAAUAAUAAUCAACCCAUAGUCGGAAGGAAUUUCAAGGCAGAAGAUAAAGACUCAAUAAAGGCAGUUCAAAGUGAAUGCAGCACAAUGUUGUCUCUUAGACAGGAUCAACACACAAUACUUUCAUACAGAAGUGACAAUCAAACUUUGUUAGAAAAUUGCUGCCCCAGGAUGUUCAAAGAUCAAGAGUAUCGACUUUACAAGAAUCUGGGAAAAUCACUUCGUUCGUGGUUCUUCUCCAAAUCACUUGACGAGGUUACAAUGCAGUCACACAUUGACCAACUAAAGUCAAUGAAGCAGUCACCGGACCUAAUGCAUUCAUGGAGAAGUACUACUGUUUCCAUGCAGCCUGUGGGAAAGUUGGGCAUAUCAUCCCGGCACUGCAGUUUGGAAGCAGAUUGCCCACCACUGGUGAAGACAGACAGUUUUGAUGAGGAAGUGUUUGCUGAAAAUCCAAAGCAUGAAGAAGCACAAUGGUUAGAGACCAGAAAUGUGAACUCAUUAAAAACAAAGCAAGGAAAACAGCAAGGUGAAAUAAGCAGACCAGGAGAUCUAAAUCCUUUUCGGACUAACUCUGUAGAAGACAGUCAGAUGCAUGAAGGAGCACAAAAGUCUGAGGGAACUGGGGCCAGGGUUUUUAAAAGGACUUCAACAACAGAGUCAACAGACUCUGUGAUUGACAGUAUCAAAGCUGUGGCUUUGGAUGAUAAGGAAGAGAUAAUUCCAGAUGCCACAGAAUUCAUGCGAUAUUAUCAUGUCUUCAGGGAAGGAGAAUUGGUUCAGCUCAUCGAAGAGAAUGUGCAAGAACUUCACAUUCAGAGUUCCUGUUAUGAUCAUGGCAACUGGUGUGUCAUAGUAGAAAAACAAUAA